GUGUUGACACAUUUUUUAGUUCUACCUAAAUUUAAAACCGCUAUUUUUUUCUUUUACAUCCAAAGCGUCCUCUUCCACCUGCAAAUCGCCGUGCUGGCGAGUACCGGCGUAGGUGACUAUUCUCCUUCAACAGAUUAGGUCCGAGACGUUCAAUUAACGCUGUUGUCUUCAUUAUUUAUUUUACAUCCGCUACUCAUCGCUGACGUCAACGGUUGUGUGCUUAUACAUACACUCACAACUCCAUUAGCAAAUACACUGCAAAUACAUUCAAUAUACAUUCAAUGUGCCCUGACUAUUGAGACCGUCUUCACUUUCUUCUGUAUUCAACGCACGCUUUAACUGCUGAGCUCUGACUCGCCUCUUCGAUGACAUGAUUAGCCCGACUUUCAAAGUUCAGCAAGUGCAAACGGGCGUGUUCAUCUACCCACCGGACAAAGAUGGGGAUGAGACGCUGUCCGUGUCCGGCACCCAGCAGGUGACGCUGCACUGCGCGGGCGACCUCAGCUCCGAGCCCUUCCCCUUCGACACGGUGGUGCACGCCCCCUUCUACACCACCCUCUACGCGAUGUGCGUGGCGGACAACGUGCGGGCGCAGUUCGGUGCGGCGGUGCGGCGACCCGCCGCGGCCUGCACGAGUGCACCGCGCCGCUCCACGGUGCUGCACGGCGACCCCGCGUCCCACGUGGCGAAGGCGUUCUACCAGGUGGUGCGGCUGGCCGCGGAGGACGUGGUGCGGCUCUGCGGCGCGCAGCACGCGGGAAGCCCCUGCGAGUGCGUGUUCAACGCUGCGCGUGUGUACCCGUGGGGGGAGGAGGACCCGCUGGGCGAGGCGCUGCGCGUGGGCGCCGCGACGUCGCCGCUGUUGCAGCAGAAGACGACGGUGCCGCUGCAGACGCCGGCGCAGCAGCGGCUGUUCGCAACGGUGCUGAAGCAGCUGUGCAGCCUGCCGCCCGACGCCGAGCGCGGUGAGGCCUCUGCGUGCGUGCGUCAGGUGCGGCUGGCGGUGUACACGUGCGGCGGCGGCGACGCGGCGGUGGCGGGGCGUGUGCUGUGCGCGGAGCACCUCUUCUCGCUGGUGCCGUCCAUCUGCGACGUGUGCACGAGCUUCGGCACAACGAUGGAGGCGCUGUGCGAGGUGCUCGUGUGCCGCCGCGAGGGCAACCUGCUGGACAACCCGCUGCUGCCGGUGCUGCUGCCCGGUGUGGCGAUUGAGGGCCUCAGCGUGCUGACGUGCAUCUCUGCGAAGGGCCGCUACGCCAGCCGUCCGUGCAUCGACGCCUGUUGCUUCGGCUGCAGCGGUGCCCGAAGGCAGCGUCCAGCUGCGCUGAGCCCUCUGCGACGGGAUUGCAGGCCGACGAAACGGGAAGGACUUACCCCCAGACCGUCGAACCGUGUCUGCACGCCGCCUGCACCUGCGUUUCCUCCCUCUUUCGUACGUGCCACAGGCGAGGUCGAGAUAAUGGCGGACGCACGCAGCACUGAAACGGCCUCAGAUCACAUCAGUGGCGGGCAACGUGAUUCUGUUGCUCCACCGUCCAACGUAUCGCCGAGACGAUCUCCACUCACCGGCAGAGCGUCACCAACUACGCCCAAUCACCGCGCGUCGUCCCCGCUUUCUCACAUUGAUGCAUCAGUCGACCGCAUUUUAACCUACCGUCGCCUGCACAGUUCCCCUGCAGAGCCCGUUGCUCUGGCGGCGUCCAGCUCGACCCCCACGCCACCGCGGAGUACCCUGAAAAGUCGGUUGCCCUCCAGCCCCUAUGAACUGCGGAAGCUCAAGGAGCGGGUUGCCCACCCGGCGGAGGAGUCGCUGCUAGACUGUGUGACGGUGGCGGAGGGGCGGGCGGAGGCGGCGGUGCAGGCGGCACGAGAACGGGAGGUGGAGGCGCUCGAGCGAUUGAGGGCGAUGGAGGAGAAGAUGAGCGAGAUGCGCAGCGCCUACAUAACGCAGGAGGCGUCACUGCUGAUACGGCAGCGGAUGUUGCAGCAGUCGUGCACGGAGUUGGAGACGCAGGAGCAGCGGCUGCUUGCGGCAGCGGAGGAGCGGCGGUGCGCGGCGGACGAGUUAGAGCGCGCGGAGUCAGCGACUCAGGAGACGACAAGCUUCGGCGGCGCAAGCGCCAUUGUGCUGGAGGAGCUGCGGAAAGUGGUGGAGGAACUCGCGGACGCCACGGAUGAGCUGGCGGAGGUGGAGAACGGCGUGAUCGCAGAGACGGACAAGGCCCUCCUCACGUUCCGCCGCGGCGAUGGCGAACUGACGAUGCGGGUGGAGCAGCUGAUGGACCGCUGUGCCAGCUUCAUGGACGUGGAAAGCCGCAUUGCUUCUUGCUCCGCUUCCCAUUUGUCGGCGUCCUCGAUGAACAAACGCAACCGGACUCUUCGGAUAGGGUUGAAUUAG